AUAAAAGCUUCUUCCCUGCUGCGGAUUAGUUCCGUAAUGGGGACUCCUCCGCGUCCGAGAAGCAUGUUGCUUGGGUUAUGUGCAGUACUGCUGAUGCUCAGAUUCUCCCGUGCUGCAACACAGACUGAAACAUCGGUCACCGUCGUCGGUGCAACCGAAUGCUUAGACUGUGAGCGCAAGAGCAUAAAACAUGAGAACGCAGUCAAAGGGCUGCGUGUGGCCAUCAAGUGCAGAGACGGCAACGAGAAAUAUGAGAUCAAAGCCACAGGUGACCUCGACAGCAACGGAAGCUUCAACGUGAAGCUCCCGACCGAGCUUCUCCAGGACAACGGCGAGCUGAAGCACGAAUGCCUCGCGCAGCUGCACAGUGCCUCCAACGCACCUUGCCCCGACAAGAAUGGGCUGAACCCUUUUUCUAAGUUGAUCCUGAAGUCCAGGGAGAAAGGGAAGCACACCUUCACUGCAGCGGCCGGGAAGCUAUCGUUCUCGUCGGCGACGUGCGCGUCAGCUACCUUCUGGCCGCCGUACAAGGACCCUUGGCACAAGGCCUUCCCCAAAUUUCACCUGCCUCCCUUUAAAUUCCCACCCAAGCCUUACUACGACCACAAGCACCACCACUCGAUCUACAAGCCUCCGGUGCCGACCUACAGUCCGCCUACUCAGAAGCCCCCGUCACCGGGAGGAUCGUAUUACAACCCACCUGCUCAGGUCCACAAGCCACCAUCAGGGGGAUAUUAUAAACCGCCUGCCCCCGUCUACAAGCCGCCUACACCGGAAUACAAGCCACCAUCAGGUGGGUACUAUAAACCACCGCCUGCUCCGGUCUACAAGCCGACUCCGACGCCGUACUACAAGCACCCCUAUCAUCCCAUAUACAAGAAGCCAAUGCCUCCCAUUCCGAAGCUCCCACCUUUCUUCCAUUCGCACCCCAAGAUCUCCUUCCCUCCGAUCUACAAGAAGCCACUCCCUCAUUUCCCUAGCUGGCCCCCUCUCUCUCACUGGCACAAGUACAAGAAGGGACACCCGAGCUUUCCGCCCGCCAAAGUGUACCUGAAGCCGUAGAUCCAGAAGCUGAUGUGUAAUAAAUGCUGGUCUUAGGAUCUGUGCGAAGCUUUUGUGGAGAGUGGUGCUCUUUUACUGUGAUGCCUGUACCAGGUGGACGAUCGAAGCUCUUGCUCAUCUUAUUUUCAAUAAUUUGAAGUACUGUUAGAUUUGAUGUGUGUA